GUGAGCCUCCUUCCUCGAGGAGGCUUGCUGUGAAGUUAAGCGCUAAAGUGACCAAAAAUAAUUAAAUUCAUACAGUAAACGAAACUGAUCACCAAUACAAACUACAAGUUUAUAGCGAACAGAAAAAAAUAUCGUCAUUCGAAGGUAUCACUCUGAAAGACGGUGAGCCAAAUCGCAGCGACAGGGGAGACAUCGGCGACACCACGACAAUGGAAAGCGCAGAGGUACUCGUCCCUGUGCCUCCGACGGGACCAUUGGACGCGAGUAAACGCAGCUGUCCGUGGGGCAAAGCGUCCUCGACGCCACAACAGGACGUGUCUUUCGAGGACGUGAUGAGCGAACAGCUCGCCCGUACCUUGGAGAAGGAGGAGCUGGUGGCCGCAGCCCCGGGUAUUGAAGGCACGCCUGCCUUUCCUUGCAGCGACCACGCCACUGUGCCUUAUGCUGAGGAAGCAGUGGCCGUAGCUGCUGCUGCAGAGAUCUUCACGCCGGCAGAAGACUGCACCGAUGAUCAUGCUCUGGCACUGCUGCUGCAAGCUGAGUACGACCGUGAGCACGACACAGUGCUUGGUGUCGAGGAGAGAAAAUUCAAUGGCAAGAGCAAAGUGAUUGUGUCAUUUGACAACUACCGACGGGCACGGGAGCCAGUGCUGUCAGACUCAGAGGACGAAGAUGAGGAUGGCCUGGAUGGUGGCCUAGGCUCAGGUGGUGCUCGACACUGGGACUCGUUUGAGCGGGACCAAAAAACUGCGCAGGCUAUUGGCCGUUCUGGUGUGGCCCGUCAGCCCGGUGGAGGCUUCACCACCAAGCACGAUGCCACUCUCUGUGGGCGCCGAAAUGCCUGCCGGGUGAUGGAGCUGCCCCCUGGCAUCUCAACAGGGGACGGCGGAGGUUUUGACAUGCGGCUGUCAAACCACGUCUACAAUUCCCUCAAGGUGCACUCUGCCCAGGAGGGGCGUCGUGCUGCCCGGUUACAUGACAAGCGAGAGAAGGCCACCGCGGAGCAAUCGCUGGAUCCAAACACGCGACUGCUUCUCUACAAGCUGAUCAACAGGGAGAUCCUCGAUCAGGUGAACGGCUGCAUCAGCACAGGCAAGGAGUCCUGCGUCUUCCAUGCUGCUGGCGGAAAGAGUGAGGAAUUCGCAGUGCCUGUGGAGUGUGCGGUGAAGGUGUUCAAGACCACGCUGAACGAAUUCAAGAACCGGGAGCAGUACAUCCGCGAAGACUUUCGCUUUCGAGAUCGCUUCAACAAGCUGAACCCUCGGAAAGUUAUCCACCUCUGGGCUGAGAAGGAGAUGCACAACCUGAAGAAAAUUGAGCGAGCCGGUCUGCCCUGCCCCUCUGUGGUGAUCCUCAAGAAGCACCUGCUGGUGAUGUCCUUUGUGGGCGUGGACGGCGUGCCAGCCCCACAGCUUCGGGAGGCGGCACUCGUCGGCGAGCAGCUGGCAAGCGCCUACGCGCAGACGGUGCAGUUGGCUUGUGACCUGUAUGACCGCUGCCAGCUGGUGCAUGCCGACCUGAGCGAGUACAACCUGCUGUGGCACCAGGGCCGGGUAGUGCUCAUCGAUGUGAGCCAAGCCGUGGACCGAAUGCACCCUCAUGCCCUCGAGUUCCUAUUCAGAGACUGCACCAACGUGUCUAGGUUCUUCCAAAGACAGGGCUUGCCCGAUGUCCUGAGCCCCAAGGAUCUGUUCACGCAUGUCUGUGGCCUCAACCUGCCUGGCGAGGGUGCCGAGCUGCUCUCCCAGAUUCAGAAUUACGAAAAGAACGAGCAGCUGUUGACAAAGGAAAACCAGCGAAAAGCGGAUCUCUUCAACACACUUUUCGAGAAGUCAAUGGACAAGAGAUCAAGGAUAGGAAAUGAAUCUGGUGCCACGCCAGAAAGUGGAGAGCGAGAUAGUCGGGUGGUGCAGUCUGACUGACAGCCAAACCUGUGAUGCGCCCGUGGCCUUCUUUUUUUUCUUAGCAGAAUUUUAUCUCAAUGUCAGUCAUGACAAAUAAAAGUGUAAAUAAAAGUAGAUACAAGUGAG